AUGGAAGCCGACAGAAUAGAUCUCUUGCAUGGGAUGGAAGCCAACAGAAUAGAUCUCUUGCAUGGGAUGGAAGCCGACAGAAUAGAUAUCUUGCAUGGGAUGGAAGCCGACAGAAUAGAUAUCUUGCAUGGGAUGGAAGCCGACAGAAUAGAUCUCUUGCAUGGGAUGGAAGCCAACAGAAUAGAUCUCUUGCAUGGGAUGGAAGCCGACAGAAUAGACCUCCUGCAUGGGAUGGAAGCCGACAGAAUAGAUCUCUUGCAUGGGAUAGAAGCCGACAGAAUAGAUCUCUUGCAUGGGAUGGAAGCCGACAGAAUAGAUCUCUUGCAUGGGAUGGAAACCGACAGAAUAGAUCUCUUGCAUGGGAUGGAAGCCAACAGAAUAGAUCUCUUGCAUGGGAUGGAAGCCGACAGAAUAGAUCUCUUGCAUGGGAUGGAAGCCGACAGAAUAGAUCUCUUGCAUGGGAUGGAAGCCGACAGAAUAGAUAUCUUGCAUGGGAUGGAAGCCGACAGAAUAGAUCUCUUGCAUGGGAUGGAAGCCAACAGAAUAGAUCUCUUGCAUGGGAUGGAAGCCGACAGAAUAGACCUCCUGCAUGGGAUGGAAGCCGACAGAAUAGAUCUCUUGCAUGGGAUGGAAGCCAUCUGUUUGAAAACUGUUAUUAUGGACAACUGUAUGAUCUUGCAUGGGAUGGAAGCCGACAGAAUAGACCUCCUGCAUGGGAUGGAAGCCGACAGAAUAGAUCUCUUGCAUGGGAUGGAAGCCGACAGAAUAGACCUCCUGCAUGGGAUGGAAGCCGACAGAAUAGAUCUCUUGCAUGGGAUGGAAGCGGACAGGCUAGACCUCCUGCAUGGGAUGGAAGCCGACAGAAUAGAUCUCUAG